GCUUUCCUUAUCUGCUUAGUCAGUUAGUUAGUUAUUUGCUUCUACAACUUCCUAGUUUUCUAACUCCGUGUUUUUCGGAUACUCUGCUUCCGCCAUCCACUCCCGCCUCUGAAGGAUGGGCUGCGCGCUCCCAAAGCCGGCGCGAUCCCGACCAAAUCCCACUGCGCCUCCAGAGAGGCAAGGGAACAACCAACCCAGCAAUGUUCACGGCUACAUUCCGACCCAACAGGGUUGGCCGCCGUGGUUGAUGGAGGUUGUCGGCGACGCCAUCCAAGACUGGACUCCUCGCCGCGCCAACACCUUCGAAAAGCUUUCUAAGAUUGGGCAAGGGACUUAUAGCAAUGUGUACAAAGCCAGAGACCUAGUGAGUGGAAAGAUAGUGGCUUUGAAGAAGGUGAGAUUUGAUCACUUAGAAGGAGAGAGUGUGAAGUUCAUGGCCAGAGAGAUUCUUGUCCUGAAGAAGCUUGAUCACCCGAAUGUUGUGAAACUUGAAGGCUUGGUUACUUCAAGGAUCUGUUCCAGUAUCUACUUGGUGUUUGAGUACAUGGACCAUGAUCUUGCUGGCCUUGUUGCUGGCCAUGGUCUCAACUUCACUCAGCCUCAGAUUAAAUGCUAUAUGAAGCAAUUACUAUGUGGGCUUGAGCAUUGCCACAGCAGAGGUGUAUUACACCGUGAUAUAAAGGGCUCCAAUCUGCUUAUUGACAAUCAAGGAAUCCUUAAAAUUGCUGAUUUUGGACUCGCCGCUUUCUAUGAUUCCAAACAAACCCGUCCCAUGACCAACAGAGUCGUCACUCUUUGGUAUCGUCCGCCGGAGCUUCUUCUUGGAGCUACCUUCUAUGGUGUUGGUAUCGACCUCUGGAGUGCCGGAUGCAUCUUCGCGGAGCUACUUGCCGGAAAGCCUAUCAUGCCUGCCCGAACAGAGGUUGAGCAACUGCACAAAAUAUUCAAGUUAUGCGGCUCUCCAUCAGAGGAUUACUGGAAGAAAUAUAGAUUGCAAAAUGCUACACUCUAUAAGCCACACCACCAAUAUAAAAGAUGCAUCCUGCAAACUUUCAAGGAUUUCCCGUCUUCUUCAUUACCUCUAAUUGAUACUCUUCUUGCAAUAGAUCCCGAUCAUCGCGGCACUACCUCUGCAGCUCUAAAUAGUCAAUUCUUUAACACCGAGCCCUAUGCUUGUGAACCAUCAUGUUUACCAAUGUAUCCUCCAUGCAAAGAACUCGAUGUAAAGCUAAGAGUCAAAGAAGCAAGAAGGCAGAAAGCUUUAAGCGGAAAAGCUGUUGCAGUGAUGCUGCAACAAGAGUUAGAGCGCUUGAGUGCGCUUUGGCCAUUCCAGAGAUCCAAACAAAUUUAGAUCUUGAGAGCUAGAUUCUUCUUCAUCACCACAAUUGUUUUAAAUUUCUAACCGAAUGUCAGAGGUGGAGAGUUGUGACAAAUGCAAAUGCCAAAAGCAAGAGUGAGAAAUUCCCACCUCCACAUCAGGAUGGAGCUGUUGGAUAUCCAUUGAAUGCAUCAAACAGAGGAACUGUUUUAUUUUGUGCCAGUGACACUUCCUUUGGCUCAAAAACUUCAAGAACUCUUGGAACUAGUAUUGCUGCUGCUGCUGCUAGGCCUAGGCCUAAUUCCAAAGGAAGGACAUCAAACAAAGCAGAUUCGAAGAUGGUGUCAUCUUGGAAAUUUAUGCGUGCAUUCAAGCCAACAAUUGUUGGCCUUUCAUCUGAUUUAUUAUUUAGAAGGAAUUAAUCAAUUACUAUGGAUUUUACCAUUGCUUAGUGGUAUUUGUUCUUGUUCUUUUUCCUGUUGGUCCAAUUUUUGGUACUUCAUUUGACAUAAAAGUGUUUGUUGUAUAUAUCUGUAAAUCUAUAGGGCCAAAUCCCACUUCUGUACAGUGUUCUCGAGCACAUUCCCAAAUGGUUACAUUAUCUUCAUGUUCAUGACCUUAGAAGUGUACAUGUUUGAAAAGUUU